GGGGGAACUCGGGGAGGUGGGAUGACACCCACUGGAGUGAAGGAGGAGGGAAGUGUGUGGAGACGUAAGGAGGAGAAAAAAAAGCGAGUAAACCUGACAAAGCGUCUGAGAAACAGUGCGAGAACCGUCGGCGGAAGAAGAGAGCGAGACACACGGUAGACGCACUUUCCAGCUGAGGAACGCACAUUGAUGGAUUCUACUUGGUUUUUGGCAUCGGACUAAACUAUCCUCGUGUACAGUUGACGUCUUGCUCUCCCUCAUCAGUCGCUACAAACUUUCUUUGUAGUUGUCAAGUGCGCUGCUCGGGAAAACGGGGCAUGUUUUGCGCCCUGGAAGAAACUUGGUGACGGGGAGGAAAGUUUCGGGGGGCGACAGCGGUAUGGUUUUUCCGAGCUGUUUCGAAGGAUAACGUGUGCGAACCCGGAUUUCUUCGCUUGGCACUUGGACUACACUGCCUCUCCGGUUUGGAAUAAGCCCUAAUCUCUGAGUCGAUGCCGGUUGGUUGUGGAUUAGAAAGAAGGGAACGGCAGCGCCUCGCAGAUUGUUUUUUGGUGCGUUGUGGAGUUGGAGACAUUCCUCCUUCAGGAUUCAGCUCAUGCUCUCUCCUCCCUUAUCUGUGCAUGUCAAAACAGAAAGCUUUACGAUUUUAGUCCUCCCUGCCCAGGUGAUCGGGUGAAUUCCAGUGGGUGACAGGCCGACCCGGCUGCAGUUGAUGGUUGGGCGGACUCCCUCAGAUGGGAUCAGUGUCCAGGGGGAGGUGGAGAAGAGGAGUAUGGGGAGCGCUAGCCCCCACUAACAGGAUGGCCUCGUGGGCCUGGCUGCUGGCCGCGGUCCUGCUGUCCCUGUUGACGGUCAGUGUGGCCCGGCCGCCCCUCACCGCCACCAAGGAGGAGGAGGCGACUCUGGAACCUGAAGACGCAUCGAACAAAUACCAAAUUUCUAAGCCCACGGUGUGCUCAGUGCACCCAGGGGAGGUGCUGAAGCUGAGCUGCCCUCUGCCAGCGACGGGGACCAUCACCUGGACCAAAGAUGGCAGCUCUCUGGGCACCAACAACCGCACGGUGAUAGAGCAGGAGGUGCUGCAGAUUCGUGAUGCCACGCCUAAGGAUUCGGGCCUGUACGCCUGCACCAGCGUUGGCAAAGACACGGUCUGCUUCAUAGUGAAUGUCACAGAUGCCAUCUCGUCGGGGGAUGAUGAGGACGAUACAGAGCGAUCAGAGGACGCUGGGGCAGACGGUGAGCAGUUAAGCGCUCCGUAUUGGACCUCAUCGGCGAAGAUGGAGAAGAAGCUGCAUGCGGUGCCAGCUGCCAACACAGUCAAGUUCCGCUGUGCUGCAGGAGGCAAUCCCAAGCCCAAGAUGCGCUGGCUAAAAAACAGCAGGCCUUUCCGCCAAGAAGACCGCAUGGGAGGGUAUAAGGUGCGUAGCCAGCACUGGACCUUGAUCAUGGAGAGCGUGGUGCCGUCGGACAAGGGCAACUACACCUGUCUGGUGGAGAACGAGUUCGGGGCCAUCAACCACACGUACACCUUGGACGUCGUAGAACGUUCUCCACACCGGCCCAUUCUCCAAGCUGGCCUCCCGGCCAACACAACAGUUCAUGUCGGGGAAGAUGCACGCUUUGUCUGCAAGGUCUACAGCGACGCACAACCUCACAUCCAGUGGCUGAAACACAUCACUCAGAACGGCAGUCGCUAUGGUCCAGAUGGACACCCCUAUGUCCGGGUGCUAAAGACCGCAGGUGUUAACACCACAGAUAAGGAGAUAGAAGUUCUCUACUUGCCCAAUGUGACAUUUGAAGAUGCUGGGGAGUAUACUUGCUUGGCGGGUAAUUCUAUUGGGAUCUCAUAUCACACUGCUUGGUUGACGGUGCUUCCAGCCCUUGAGCAAACGCCAGGGCCCUUCUCCCCAGAUUAUGUGGAGAUUGCAAUAUACUGUGCUGGCGUGUUCCUCAUUGCCUGCAUGGUAGGCAUCGUGGUGGUGUGUCGCAUGAGGAACACUGCAAAGAAACCUGACUUUGGAGGCCAACCGGCUGUUCACAAACUGAGCAAGCAGAUCCCUCUGCGCCGCCAGGUGUCGGCAGACUCGAGCUCUUCUAUGAACUCUAGCACUCCAUUGGUACGCAUCACAACACGCCGGAGUUCAGCACACGAUGAGCCGAUCCCCGAGUAUGACCUUCCCGAGGAUCCGCGCUGGGAGUUUUCCCGAGACAGGUUGACCCUGGGCAAGCCCCUUGGGGAAGGCUGCUUUGGCCAAGUUGUAAUGGCAGAGGCCCUGGGCAUCGAUAAGGACAAACCCAAGGAAGCAGUAACUGUCGCCGUCAAGAUGUUGAAAGAUGACGCCACUGAGAAAGACCUGUCUGACCUGGUGUCAGAGAUGGAGAUGAUGAAGAUGAUCGGCAAACACAAGAACAUCAUUAAUCUUUUGGGGGCCUGUACACAAGAUGGCGCCCUCUAUGUGAUAGUGGAGUACGCCUCUAAAGGCAACCUAAGGGAGUACCUACGAGCCCGACGGCCUCCAGGCAUGGAAUACUCUUACGAUAUCACCCGUGUCUCAGACGAACAGCUCACUUUCAAAGAUCUGGUCUCCUGCACUUACCAGGUGGCACGGGGCAUGGAGUACCUAGCAUCACAGAAGUGUAUUCACAGAGACCUGGCUGCCAGGAAUGUCCUGGUCACAGAAAGCAACGUCAUGAAGAUUGCUGACUUUGGCCUGGCCAGGGAUGUCCAUAACAUUGACUACUAUAAAAAGACGACUAAUGGUCGUCUCCCGGUGAAAUGGAUGGCUCCAGAAGCUCUGUUUGACCGGGUCUACACACACCAGAGUGAUGUCUGGUCGUUUGGGGUGCUGAUGUGGGAGAUCUUCACCCUCGGGGGCUCACCCUACCCUGGCAUACCUGUUGAAGAGCUCUUCAAGUUGCUGAAAGAGGGCCAUCGCAUGGACAAGCCUGGAAAUUGCACCAAUGAGCUGUACAUGAUGAUGAAAGACUGCUGGCAUGCCAUCUCAUCCCAGAGACCCACUUUCAAGCAGCUAGUCGAGGAUCUGGACAGAAUCCUCACCCUCAACACUAAUGAGGAGUAUCUGGACCUGUGCGCCCCAACAGAGCAGUAUUCCCCCAGCUUCCCAGACACACGCAGCUCCUGCUCCUCCAGUGACGACUCUGUGUUUUCCCAUGACCCCUUACCAGACGAGCCCUGCCUUCCCAAGUACCAGCACAUCAACGGAAAUGUUAAAACAUGAGCCACGCACCUUCCCUCUCUACCCCAAGCUUGUUCAGCCCCUCUUACCCUUCGACGUCCUAAAACACACACAGUCAGACUUCUUCUCCGUCAUCAACCCCCCCCCCCCCCAAUAAUCCCUCUGGCUCUCAAUGGACUGAGAGAGAGCCCCAGAAGGGCCUGGGCUGGUGGCAGCGCUGCUGUCACACACUCUUACUGCCAUGUGCUCACACACACUACACACACACUACAUGCUCACAUGAGGUCUUAAAUGAGAGGACGGGGUCCCUGCAGAGGCUGUUUCUUUGCUGACUGAAUGGACUGGCAUUCACCAGGGGGGGGGGGGAUCCUCUUCCUCUCCCUUCAUGUAAAUACUCAAAGACUUUGAAUUUUGGUUUCAUGUUUGUAACCAGAGAGGCAUUACACGUGUUUGGCGAUCCCGUUCCAGUGGCUGGCAUUUUUGAGACUGUUGUUUGCCCCUGGAGGAAUGUAUGGAUCCAUGUGAACUUCAGAAACAAGGGACGAGAAGAGGACAAUGUAUAGGAAAAAGGACUCGGGAGACAGAGCUCCGACUAACAAAACAGAGGAAUAGGAAGAGAGCACAUAUAGGAACUACUCUCCUGUUUAUUUUGUAAUAUUGAUGCAUUUCUUUUUCAAUUCUCUUGAUAAAGCUUCCCAAUUAUUCUGGAGAAAAAAAAAAACAAUACACAGUAUAAUGUAUAGUGCUGGGUAUAUUUGUAAAUAUAUUCAAAUAUGUAUAAAUAUAUAUUAUAUAUUUACAAUGAAUUAUUUUUUGUAUGGACUCUGAAAUAACCCCCAUCUCACCCGAGCCUGCGCUGUGUUUGAGGCAGGAAUGGUAACAGGUUACGUGUACUCUUAUUUCUCUUCACGCACACACACACACACACACGCUCACACACGCAGACAUGGACACACACUUACCUACACAAACACCUGUCUUACUCUCAUCCAGUAACACAGUCGAGUAUUGGCUUUCAGGGACUGAGGUAGCAUGUUAAUUUAUUGACUUAUUUGUUUUUUGAAAUUAUUCAAGAAAAAGUUUGGAAGAAAAAAGAAAAGGAAAGAACAAAAACUAUGUGGCAGAGAUGAUUACAUUAAUGAUGCUGACAAUACAUCAAUAAUCCAUUCAAUUUAUGGUAAUUUAAAAUGGUCUUUCAACAGUAACAGAAAAAAAAGAUAUUUUUAGCUUUGAAAGAUCCAGGUUUUGUAAGUUUUAUAUAUGAAUGUGAAUUUAAGUUAAAUUUUUUAAUAAGUGUACAUUUUAUAGUCAGCUAAUCCCUUUCUAAUGUAGAUAUUGAUGCCAUUUCUCUCCAGUCAUUUGACUCUUUCUUAGCGUCGCUUUAGGAAACGAGGUUGAUUUCUGGACAUUCAUGUACGGUUAAAAGAAUUCUUUUUCAAAACCUACAAACAAUCCGCUCCCUCAUUUAGACUUAAAUAUAGACUCCAAAUUUACUUGACAGAAUUGAAAGCUGAAAAACAAAGUGUUAAAUCAUUCAAGUGUUUGUUUUUUUUUCUACUGGACCAACUUAAAGAUGUUUUUUUGCAAGUGUUUAUGUCACAUUUGCGAAAAUAAACGAUGGAAAAAAUA